UUGAUGCCUCCUCAAUCCAGUACAAGUCAAUAAAACUUUGUGCACUGACAGACACAACUUCCAGCACCCACCAGCUGGGCCAAAAUGGGAUUUACUAAAGCCAAUUUGCUCCUUCUUCUCUUGCUCAGCUCAGUGAAAGGAGACAUACUGGAUGACUAUUUAAGAACAGAUGGUGUUUGGAUACUUACUAGAAAUAAAGAGUUUUACAGUACAAAUAAUGAAAAAGAAUGUGCAGAGAAAUGUGAUGCUGAAAUAAAUUUUAAUUGCAGGGCCUUCCUAUUCACCAAGAAAAAGCUACAGUGUUUGACACUGGCUGAAAAUACCAAAACAACAGUUGUAUUCCACAGUGAAGAUGCAGUUCUCUAUGAAAAGAAAAUUUACCUUCUACAAUGUAAAAGAGGGAUUGGGGAGGACUACAGAGGAACAGAAGCCAAAACUUGGAGAGGUAUUCCAUGCCAGAAAUGGGCAGAAAAAUCACCCCACAAUCCAAACUUUACACCUGAAAAACACCCCAGAGCAGAGUUGGAGGAAAACUACUGUAGGAAUCCUGAUGGGGAUAUAAGAGGACCCUGGUGUUAUACAACAGAUCCUGCUACCAGAUUUGAUUACUGUAACAUUCCAGAGUGUGAGGGGCAGGUCAUGCAGACUGGAGAAGAUCCUACAGUUGAGUGCAUGGAGUGUAAUGGUGAAGAUUAUCAUGGAAAUGUUUCCAGAACAGAGUCUGGACUUGAGUGUCAGCGCUGGGAUGCCCAAGAACCUCAUAUGCAUGGAUAUACCCUGAAACACUUUCCAGGGAAGGACUUGAAGAUGAAUUACUGCCGUAAUCCAGAUGGUGAACUUCGGCCCUGGUGUUUCACCAUGAGCCCCACUAAGCGCUGGGAAUAUUGCAACAUUCCUCGUUGCACUGUGCAUCCACCAACCUCUGGCCUGGGCCCCCAGUGUAUUUCAGGGAACGGAGAUGACUACCGAGGCAGGAUAGCCAUCACUGCAUCAGGAAACACCUGCCAGCAUUGGAACACACAGUUUCCUCACAAACAUGGCUGGAUUCCUGAUAGAUACCCCUGCAAGGGUUUAGAGGAAAACUACUGUAGAAACCCUAAUGGAGAGAAGAGGCCUUGGUGCUACACCAUCAACAGCAGUGUCCGGUGGGAAUACUGUGCAGUUCCCCAAUGUGAUGGGAUAGAACAAAGUGCUGAUGUGUCUACACAGGUAGUCGUGCCAGAGGAGUGCUAUCAAGGCAAAGGCCUGAAUUAUCGUGGCACAACUUCCAUCACUGUAUCAGGACGGAAAUGCCAAGCCUGGAGCUCCAAGUCUCCACAUGACCAUGGAAAGACCCCAGAAAAAUUCCCAAAUGCGGAUUUGAGGGAGAACUACUGUAGAAAUCCAGAUGGUGAUAGCCGCCCAUGGUGUUUCACCACAGACCCCAGCGUUCCAUGGGAGUACUGCAGUCUCAAGAGAUGUGAUGAUCAAACUGAGGAAGCCACGCCAAACGACCCCCCUGCAACAGUGGCACAAACUGUUGGCCUGAAUAUCCCCCCCAUGACAUCUGACUGCAUUAACGGCAAUGGUAAAGACUACCGUGGCACAGUAGCAAAAACUGGAAAUGGCAGAACUUGUCAAGAGUGGAGUUCUCAGAGCCCUCAUAGCCACAAAUACUUCACUCCUCUGACUCAUCCAAGAGCAGGCCUGGAUAAAAAUUACUGCAGGAAUCCUGAUGGAGAUGUAAAUGGUCUUUGGUGCUUCACAACAGAUCCAGAAAAAAUAUGGGAGUACUGUGAAAUCCCGCGCUGCUCUUCUUCUGAGCAUGACUGUGGAAAAUUCUCAAUGAGAAGUGAGCGGACCUGUGAGCAACACAGCAUGUGUGACGCAUCUCCAGGGUCUUGGCCUUGGCAUGUCAGUCUCAGGACAAGUACCAACACGCAUCAUUGUGCUGGCACUCUGAUACAUCCACAGUGGGUCCUUACUGCAGCUCAAUGCUUGCAAGAGUCAGUAGAGCCCUCUUCCUACAGGAUCUUUCUUGGAAUACAGAACCUAAAUGCAGAAGAGCCAUCCCUGCAAAUCCGAAGUGUUCACAAAUCACUGAAGGAACCCAGUGGAGCAGACAUUGCUCUGCUAAAGCUGAACAGUCCUAUAACAAUUACUGACCGUGUAAAACCAGUUUGUCUGCCUGAAACAAGUCUGAUGAUGGAAAGAAACUCUGUAUGCUUUCUAACUGCCUUUGCAAAAACAAAAGGUACUGAUACAGGCAAAAGAUUAAAAGACAUUGAAUUCCCCAUACUUGAGAACAGAAUGUGCUAUCGUCCUGGAUUUUUCAAUGGAAGCAUAGAUAACCUUGAAUUUUGUGGUGGAUUCACUUUUGUAAGAGUACAUCACUGCGAGGCUGAAGUUGGAGGACCUCUAGUCUGCCAAAGAAAAGAUAGAUUUGUCCAAUAUGGAGUCACUUCUUGGGGACUGGACUGUACCCAGCCAUCAAAGCCCACUGGUUUUGUCCAAAUUCCUAGCUUUCUGUCUUGGAUCAAGAAUGUAAUGGUUACCCACUGAAUCUGGACAGCAUUCCAAGCACGGUUUUAGAAUAGAAAUAAUUUGUUAAGAAUCUUAAAUAAAUAUCAUUUUUUGCUGAGAAUAAGUAGUUACUGCAAAGCAAUAACCACGUUGACCAAUCAUGACCAUUUUAGUACUGUGCAUGGAUCAGUCAGGCACAUUGAAUGUGGUAGUGGCUGUCAGGUUCCUUCUUCAGACAUGAGACACAAAGUUCUUUCUGUUCAGACAUCCAUCAUUCUCCUUUGCACAUGCAAGUAAUUAGCCUAUUUCUAGGUUCAAGGUCAUCCAAAAACCAGUGCAAGAAACUCUCACCCAGUCAGGCCUGGACCCAUACCUAUCACUGGCAUCUUUCUCCCCUUCUGCUGCUCUGGAAGCAGGAAGCUAACAUCCAAACCCAGCCCCUGUCUUGAGUGAGAAAAAGCCAGUCUAUGCUAUGCCCAUGCUGUCAGGAGAUGGAUGAAGAUCUUGUGGGCUUGCUUCUCCCUCAGGCUAAUUCCCCGCACUCUCACCAGCCAAAAUAAGCUUUGAAUUACACUGUUACAACCAUUUCAACUUCCUAGGCUACAUGUACACAUGGAAAAAAAAAUAAUGACUAUCACUAAACAACUUUGUGUUGAAACAAAACUUGAAGUAUGCCACAGAAAGAGUUCAGUUUGCUGUCAUCCAAUGCAACACACUCUCUAGUUGCAGAUGUUUUAUAUAUAACUAUAGUUCUUAGCACUUCCCUACAUAGCUCUCCUCUUGUAAUAGUCCCUACAGUGUUUUUUGAGGUGUAUGCUUAAAAUGGACUCAGUAAACUUGUC